AUGAGCCAACAAUUCAGUUCUCAGUCCACUUUUAGCUCAAGGAGCAGGCGGGUUUACAGUGCAGGCUGUUCUGCAGGCUCUGGUGGUGGGAGCCGGGCUGUGGGAUGGUGUCAGGCCCGAGGGAGGUGUGGUGGUGGUGGAUAUAGGGGCUAUGGGAGGGGGGUUGGCUCUAGGAGCCUCUACAAUCUGGGUGGCAGUAAAAGCAUCUCCAUUAGCCUAGUGAGGAGAAGUGCCAGUGGUUUUCGCCAGGGUGGGGGAGCAGGAGGGGAAUUUGGAGGAGGCAGAAGUUUUGGUGGUGGUGCCUUUGGAAAUGGUGGCAUUGGGGGUGGUGGCUAUGGAGGAGGUAGUUUUGGUGGUGCUGGGUUUAGGGGUAGCAAUUUUGGGCUUGGGAGCUUUGGUCCUUCUUGUCCUCUGGGAGGCAUCCGAGAGGUGACCAUUAACCAGAGCGUCCUUCAGCCACUUCACCUGGAGGUCGACCCAGAAAUUCAGAGGGUCAAGACCCAGGAGCGGGAUCAGAUAAUGGCUCUCAACAACAAGUUUGCCUCCUUUAUUGACAAGGUGCGAUUCCUGGAGCAGCAGAACCAGGUGCUACAAACAAAAUGGGAGGUGCUGCAGCAGGUGAACACUUCCAAUCGGAGCAGCAACUUGGAGUCCAUCUUGGAGAGCUACAUCAGUGAUCUGCGGAGGCAGGUGGACUUUCUCAAUGCGGAGCAGAUGUGCCAGAACACGGAGGUCAGGAGCAUGCAGGAUGUCGUGGAGGACUACAAGAACAAGUAUGAGGAGGAAAUCAACCGGAGGACCAGUGCUGAGAAUGACUUUGUCGUCCUGAAGAAGGACAUGGACUCUGCUUAUGCAACCAAAGUGGACCUGCAGUCUAAGGUGGACACUCUCCUUGGGGAGACCAAUUUCCUGAAGUAUUUAUAUGAGUUGGAGCUGUUCCAGAUGCAGACCCACAUCAGUGACACCAACGUCAACCUGUCCAUGGACAACAACCGCUCCCUGGACCUGGAUAUCAUCAUCGAUGCAGUGCGGACCUAGUAUGAGCUGAUUGCACAGAGGAGCAAGGAUGAGGCCGAGGCUCUGUACCAGACCAAGUACCAGGAGCUCCAGAUCACAGCGGGGAGACGUGGAGAUGACCUGAAGAACAGCAUGAUGGAGAUCGCUGAGCUCAACCGCAACAUCCAGAGGCUGCAGGCAGAAAUUGCCAAUGUCAAGAAGCAGAUCGAACAGAUGCACUCAGCCAUUUCAGAUGCAGAGGAGAGGGGACAGUGGGCCCUCCAGGACACACAGCAGAUGCAGGACAUGGAGGAGGCCCUGCAGCAGUCUAAAGAGGAGCUGGCCCGGCUGUUGCGUGACUACCAGGAGCUGCUGGGAGUCAAGCUCUCUCUUGAUGUAGAGAUUGCCACCUACCACGAACUGCUGGAGGGCGAGAAGAGCAGGAUGUCUGGAGACCUGUAGAGCCAAGUGUGCAUCUCGGUGCAGACCAGCCAGGCGACAGUCGGCAGCAGUGGUGGAGGCGGCGGUGGCCGCGGUUCUGGAAGUUACCGCCGCAGCAGCGGUGGGGACUACGGCGGCGGCAGCCCCCGAGUGGGUGGCGAGGGCAGUUAUGGCAGGGGUUUCCGAGGGGCCAGUGGAGGUGGUCACCGAACCAGCAGUGGAGCGAACUAUGGAGGAAGCAGCGAAAGCAGUAACACGUUCGGCGGGAGAAGCGGUGGCAGCUCCUCCCGCGUGCAGAUCAUCCAAACCUCUACCAACACUUCCCACAGCCACAUCGUGGAGUAGCUGCAAUGGCUCUGCCACCCGUCGCUUCUCAGACACCGGAUA